AUGUCCUUAUUCAUGGAAGAGGUGGAUGAUGUGUUCAUAAAGUCCCUUUUCCCAAGAUAUCUGCUUGAGCAGCCUCUUGGGCAUGACCUAUGGACUAUUUACUACGAGAAUAGGAAGCUGUUCCAUAAACUGAAGAAUAAAGGAGACGCAAUUUCAAACGUAGGGGAUGGAAAGACUCGCAAAUUCAACCAUGAGCUUAGUUAUGAAACUAGAAAGGAGAUAUGGGAAAAGUUGGUUUCUUUGGGCGUUUUAGGAACCAUUCCUUAUGAUUCUGCUAAUGACGAUUACCUUGUGCAGGUAUACAGAUAUUUCUAUCCUAACCUUGACGAGGAUCUAACUUCUACACAUCUAUCAAUCGAAAAGGAUACGCAUUUGCGAGCGAUCAGUGACUCUGAAGAUCUUACGAAACCAAUUGACCCAGAAUUGCGAUCAGUGAUACAGAUGGAAGAUGAUCACGACGAUGAGGAGGAAGAUGUUGGAGACGAUGAUGGCGAUGAUGGCGAUGACGGCGAUGAUCAUGCUGACGAAAAUGAAGAAGAUGCUAUUUUGAAUGAAAAUCAAGAAAUGGAAGAUGGGUCAUCUAGUAAUGAAGAACAAGGUUCCAGAUCACCCAAUGAAGGCGCGCAGUUUUAUCCUGCGCUUGCAGAAUCUAGUCAUUCCUUGAAAGAGAAACCAAAUCCCAUUUCGUCAGACAUCUAUAAAUAUUUGGGAUAUCCCCUCCCUCACGCAUGGCUUUCUCAGCCAAGUAAUAGCAUUCUUGUUUCUUCUGAUGGAUGCACCCAAUUACGGCCAAAUCCAACUUGGCAGACAAUGACCAGCUACGAUAGAGCUAGCCCUGUUAUUGGAAGUGGAUUACGAACGACUCUUUCGAAUCAAAAGUUUGAUUAUGCAACUACUUGGGCCAAUAAUCCAAUUCUUCAUAAGAACAUCGCAAUUUUCUAUUAUGAAAUCAGAAUGCUUUCUGUGACGAGUUCGCAGUCAGGCCAAAAUUGUAACGUUGUGGUUGGCUUUAAAGACUAUUCAAAAUUACAGACCUCUACGGCUUCUUCUUCCAGGACAGAUCUUCACGGAGACGUGAAUGCUAUUAACAGACAGUCAGCAAGCAUACUUAGAUCAACCCUGGAUUCCAGCAGCUCAGCUGGAUCUAGCUCUGGUAAUAAUCAAAGUAGCCGUGGUAAUGGAUUUGACAAGGGUAGUUUUGGAUAUUGUGGAACAGAUGGAUACAUAACUGACGGUACUCACUACAAAUCAUUUGGUAAACAAUAUGGUCGCGAUGAUGUUAUUGGGUGUGGUGUUAACUAUGUAGACGGUACAAUUUUUUUCACAAAAAAUGGAGUAAACUUGGGGACUGCCUUUACUGAUGUACAUGAUAUUGAUCUUGUUCCUCAUAUUGCACUAAGACCCGGGAACUCAGUAAGAACGAAUUUUGGAUUACAUGAAGAGUUUCUUUACGAUAUUAUCGGUUAUCAAAACACGUUCAAAGCGAAAGCAUAUCAACAUAUUUUUAAAAGCAUCGAAGGACAUGACGGGUACAACGAUUUUGACACUAAUGAUACUGAAGAAGACGAGGAUUUAGAUGACGGUUCUCUCGACAGAAGCGAAGACUCUGAAUCUUUCAGAGACGGGUUCCUGCUUCCUUCCGAUAGAAGGUUUAGUGGAGAUAGGCUGUACAAGCCUGAUGUGGAAUCAAUUAAUAACCUUAACACAGACGAUGAUUCUAUUCCCUGUACAAUGAAUGCUAUGAUUAAUGAUUAUCUUAUUCACGAUGGCUUAAUUGACGUUGCUAAGGGGUUUUUAAAAGACCUUCAAAAGGAUUGCAUCCCCGAUAGUGAUGAGGAGCGUGCAAAAAUUGUCAUAAGGCAUAAUGAGAGGCAAAUAAUUAAGGAGGAAAAUAACUUGAGGGUAAGGCAGGAUAUUCGAAGACUUAUUAACGAAGGCAAUAUCACACAGUGCUUGCAAUACAUAAAUAGCCAGUUUCCAGGGCUACUAGAAGAAAAUAUUGAUGUCCUUUUCGAGCUUAAAGUUGCUGAAUAUCUUCUGACAAUCGUUAAUUUUCAGAAGUACUCUAUCGAUUAUAUUUUACAAAAAGGACAACUACUGUCCGCAGAAUUCGUCUACAAUCCUCAAGUCCCUGAAGAAAUGAAAGAGCGAUUUCAUUCUCAUCUUAGUGAAAUCUCUGCUCUUCUUGCAUACGAUAGCCCGCUGGAAGAAUGUAACGAAGAUCUUGCCGUAUUUCUUACGCCAAGUUAUUUGCAAGAUCGACUUUUUCAACUAGUCAACUCCAGAGUGUUGACAUUUCUCAAGAAGAAGAGUGAGAGCUCUUUGGAAAACAUGGUUAGCUACACCAGAGCGAUGGUCAAAGCGCUCAUGCAAUAUGGAGAAAAUAGUUCAGUUGUUCACAAUGAUUCAGAGCUACGGUAUUAUAAGCUUGUGAAUAUAGAUGAAGACUUACUUAAUCUAUGA